AUGGCCAGCCCAGAUCAGCCCCGUGCCAUUCAUCCCGACGUUAUCUCUCGUCUCGAUCAAGACUACAUCGAUUUCCACAACGCCAACAUCGCACCCACCCCAGGACCGUAUGCAUUUCCUUGGGACCCACAGUUGAGAAAGACAGACUGGAUCCCGGGAGGCUCGGAGGUUCUCGAAGUUGGUUCAGUCAAGGAGUAUGAUCUGACGAACUGUAAAGUUCGCGUCUUCACCCCUGACGGAUCCGCUCCAGAGGCCGGAUGGCCAGUAUACGUAUGGUAUCACGGUGGUGAGUGCUCGUUCGCUUUCCCUACCCGGAAGACUCACCGCCUUUCUUGCUGCCCAGGUGGCUGGACGUUAGGAGGUAUCGACGCGGAAACCAACGUCUCAACAAGAAUAUGCAAAGGUGCCAGAUGCGUGGUGGUCCACCCCGACUAUCGACUUGCGCCUGAACAUCCUCACCCCGCGGCCGUUGAAGACUCGUUCGAAGCCCUUCAGUGGGUCCACUCCCAGGGACGCGAACUUCUAAACGUUGACGUCUCAACUAUGGCUAUCGGUGGUUCCUCCGCGGGCGCCAACCUCGCUGCCAUCGUUUCGCUCAAAGCAGUCGAGAUGGAUCCACCAAUUCGGCUUGAACACGUUCAUCUUCUUGUACCAGCACUCGACAACUCCGAAGAUGGCAUUGAGCCAUACGCGUCGCGAACUGAGAAUAUAAAUGCACCGUGGCUGAACGCCGAGCUCAUAGGCUGGUUCCGUGAUAAGUAUCUUCCUGAAGGCACUGACAGAACUCAGUGGGAUGUUUCUCCCAUCUAUGCCCCUGAGGCGCUGCUGGCAAAGCUCCCACCCCAUUGGAUAGCGGUCACGGAGCUGGACAUUCUCAGGGACGAAGGUCUUGCAUACGCGGAAAGGCUGAAGAAAGCUGGGGUCGAGGUCACACAUAAGAUGUAUCCAAAGGCAGUUCAUCAUCUGAUGGAUAUGGACGGUACGGUUUUGUCUCAGAGUCGAGAGCUCGUUCUUGAUACAACCGUUAAUAUCGGCAUGGCAUUUGGUACAUUGUGA